AUGCGCUGGGACUUGCGCUGCCAUCUGGCGCUUUUCGCCGAGCACGGGUAUAUUGUCGUGGCACCGAAUUCCGCAGGAAGUACGGGCUAUGGGCAUCAUUUCAAUAAUGCGAUACAAGGCUCAUGGGCUGGAAAGCCGUACUCGGAUCUUAAAAGAGGCUUUGAUUAUAUCCGCGAGACCCUCGAGUACGUCGACACUCAGCGUGCCGUGGCACUCGGUCUCGGAUACGGAGGCUACAUGGUUAACUGGAUACAAGGCCACGACUUGGGGCGCAGGUUCAAAGCAUUGGUCGCCGAUAAUGGAACAUUCAGCCUGCUCUCUCAUCUAUCUAGCAGCACCCAGCAUUCGAUUUUGCAUGGUCUGGGCGGACCACCUUGGCUGAAUCCAGAGGCGUGGAGGAAAUGGGACCCUGCACAGCACGCCGGCAACUGGAAGACACCACUUUUACUCAUUCAUGGGGAACUGAAUCAUCAGAGUCCUGUCUCUGACACCCUGGCUGCAUUCAACGCUCUAAAACUGCAAUCAGUGGAGACUGGUCUGCUCAUAUUUCCAGAUGAAGGUUCUCGGAUCCGGAACCCCGAGAAUUUGCUAUUAUGGUAUCGCACUGUGCUUCAAUGGUUGGAGCAGUAUACAAAAUAA